AGAAGCCACAAGAAGCUCCGUCUCUCCGGCUCUCUCUCUCUCUCUCUGUCGCCGUUUGUCGAAAACCAAAUGGCGGAAUCUAAAGAGUCCACGUCGUCCAGUAGUCCACUCACUCAACCCGAUCCUGAAGAUAGACUUCCUCCCGCCUCCCCCAACUCCUCCACUCGCAAGGCUUGCUAUGCAGUACUCCAGAGUUGGGUCUCAAAGAAGUUUAUGACUGGAUGUAUGGUUCUCUUUCCUGUUGCUGUUACAUUCUUCAUCACUUGGUGGUUUAUUCAGUUCGUGGAUGGUUUCUUCAGUCCAGUAUAUGCCAGGCUUGGUAUUAACAUAUUUGGCCUAGGAUUCGUUACAUCCCUGAUUUUUAUGUUCUCAGUCGGUGUAUUUGCUUCAUCAUGGAUGGGUGCAACUGUUUUCUCGGUUGGAGAGUGGUUCAUAAAACGAAUGCCCUUUAUGAAGCACAUCUACUCGGCCUCCAAACAAAUUAGUGCUGCAAUUUCUCCAGACCAAAAUACCAGUGCUUUUAAAGAGGUUGCAAUUAUCCGUCAUCCUAGGAUUGGUGAAUACGCAUUUGGUUUCAUCACAUCGUCUGUAAUCCUUCAGAGGGAUGAUGGAGAUGAGGAGUUGUGCAGUGUUUAUGUCCCAACAAACCAUCUGUACAUUGGAGAUAUAUUUUUGGUCAAUUCCAAAGAGAUUAUACGACCGAAUUUGUCAAUUCGAGAAGGCAUAGAGAUCAUAAUAUCAGUUGGUAUGACAAUGCCACAGGUGAUUUCUCCAAUUGAAAGGGUUCCUCUUAAAAGGAUGGUAUCUCUGUAAAACUAUUAACAGGUGCACACCCUACGAUGUUUGGAUGUCUUGUCAUAUUGACCACAGAUGAUGUGUGUCUAGAUCAAUGCUUAUAGAAUACAAGUAGAGAUGUGAAUCAGAUGAUAAAAACUCAAGUUUUGCUCUUGGAAUGUUAGCUUCGGUUUCCUUCUACUGGUUUCUUUCAUCAAAUGUAUUAUGUAGGUCACUAGGUCACUUUUCUUUUUCCUGAAUUCACUGUUACUUGAAUAUAUGUAUUUUCUGCUGAUGCUAGAUAUGUAUUAAGUAGUAAAAAGAAGGGAAAUGUAUAUAUUUACUCAAGUCUGUAUCAAACUUUGGAAAUGUACCUUAGGCUUAAUAUUCAAAACCCAAUACUAGUUCUUAA